AUGCCGCAUUUUACACAUUUUAUCAUCCUUUCAUCGUUGGUCUUGAUGGGAAAUGCCCAAGACCUGGAUCAGACCAUCGUCGGCUGCGAGGCGAUCUCCUGUUCCAUGGACAACUUUGACCCUCACUGCACCGUCGCCAACCUAACAUUUGAGAACAUCGGUCUAACCCGUAUCCCCGAUGUCCCAGAGUCUCUUGACUAUUUCUCCAUCGCCAAGGGUGUCAACAUUUCUGGGCGUGGUGCUGAUGACUUCACCUCCGUGUACUAUCUCGGCAUACCGGAGGAUGUGUCACUAGAUAAGGUGCACAGCUGUGCUGCCAUCUUCCAUGACCCUCCCCAAGACACAUUUGACGAGUCCAGCUCACACACUUGCGCCGAAGUCAUGGGUCAGAGGUGUGUCGAUGCCAUCCAGGAUCGUGCAUCCAAGGUUGCCGAAGGCAAGUCAAGGGAUCUUUGCAAGGCCCUCCAAGAGGACCUCCUGAAGAACGACAUUGAUGCGUGCGACAACCUCACUGGAGGCGGCAAGGGUAUCGGUCAUAUCUCUGUCAAGGAUCUCUCUAAGCUCGAAAACAUCGAGGGCUCUCGCAAUUCGUCCAGCGAUUGUUGGCCAAUCCUGCCCAAGUCGGGCAAUCUGGCAGAAAUUUUCACCGAGUUGGUUGAAUUCGAGGCAAGUCGCGAUACUUCUCCCCUAGAAUGUAUCAAGAAACCAACUGACUCUUUGUUCCAACAAGGAGGUCUCAACGCCUCAACUGCCUAUCCUGAGCUGAAUAGGAUCACCCCGCUGCUGACUCUGUUUGUCAAGGGCCAGGGCAAGUACAGCAUCAUGAACGAGACUGUCUCACGUCUGACCUGCAUCAAGAUCAACAGCACUCAGACUCUGGGCCCGGAGGUGGGUGUAAACGUUGCAUCCUUAUCUAGGGUCAGCGCGUUAGCUGCUGGUGGUGCAUUUGCUUUGUUCAUGUUGAUGCUGUAG